UUUUCCCCUACACAUCCAUCUGUAUCCAUUUAUCCCCAUCUCUCUAGGUUGUAGUAUAGUUCAAGGCUUCUAACAAGCCGUGCAAAAAUAUAUGGCACCAACACCGAUGGCCACCAUCGUCUUUUCCGCCAUUGUCUUCAUGCUGCUUUCCGUGACCACGACGGCUCAAGCCGGUGGAUCUGGUGGAGGCAAGCCCAAGGCGACCAACCUCAUGGUAGAAGCGUGCAAGUCUUCCACAUUCAACAACCCAUAUGGAGACCCUGACAUAGAGCAAUUCUGUUUAACGACCCUCCAAUCGGACAAUCGAAGCACUAAGGCUAAGGAUCUCCGUGACCUGCAGCUAGUCGCCGUCGACAUCCUUAGGGGUCGAGUCACUACUAUCGUCAUUAAGGUCAAGAAAAUGUUGGAAAACAUCAAAAAGGGCACAGUGCCAAUGCGGGUCCUCAGUUUGUGUGAGGUGGAUUAUGACACCGUGGUGAGCGUCAUCAACAAAUGUGAUGCCAUGAUCAGGGAUUACCAAGGGGACGAGGGCGGGCUACGCUCCAUAAAGCUAGUCCGUUGGAUGGAUAUGGCAUAUGACCGUGUCCACGAGUGCAGCUCCGAGCUUGUUGACAUGCCUGCGGUGGGGGCUCUUGUCAAUGAAAACGAUGAAUUGGGCAUGCUGGUUAAACUGUACACCGCCUUGGUAGCACCAUAGGUUUCUUGAGUAAUAUAGUGUUUAUGUUUAUCUGGAAGAAAAUAUGUCGAUGAUAAAUAAAUUGUAAUCUUACUAGUUAUUAUAAUAAAUAUAAUAAUAAAUGUGUUGUGGCA